AUGGCGCUCCUUCUACUGCACCUGCCCACGCUGGCGCUCAAUGCCACGGCGACGCUCGUCUACCCGCUCUAUUCCUCCUACAAGGCCGUCACCUCGUCCACCACCUCGCUCGCCGACAUGGAGGUCUGGCUCGUCUACUGGUCCGUCUUUGCAUGCUGGACGCUCUUCGAGUCGCUCUUUGGCUGGCUCUGGUCGUGGGUGCCCUUCUACUACGAGAUCCGUCUCAUCUUCAACAUCUGGCUCGUCGCGCCCCAGACCCGAGGCGCCACCUACAUCUACACCACCCACCUCCAUCCUUUCCUCCAGUCCAACCAGGAGCAGAUCGACGCGCUUAUCGACGACGCCAAGCGCUCGCUCAAGGCCAAAGUGGACGCUUCGCUCGGUGGGCUGUGGACCGCCUCGCUUGGCGGAUCCGAGCAGCCCACCGCACCGCCGGCGCCGGGCAAAGAGGCUCGUCACCGCCCACCUGGCCCUGGAUCCACACCUGCGCCUCCCACGCAGCACAAUCCGGCUCAGGCACCCGCGUCGCUCUUUGGCAACCUGCUCAACAGGUAUGCGCCCGUGGCCAUCGCGAGCGCCAAGAACUUCCUCGAAAGCAAAGCUGCCCCACCCAACACCACCAUGGCCUACUCCAUCCCUCCGUCCGGCUCGGGCAAUGUCAACGACCAGCGCGCGCGCGAGGCCGCCAUGGUGCGACGAAGGCAGCUCGAGUCCCAACUCGCUGCACUCGACGCUUCCGGGGUCCCCUCGAGCACCUCGUCGAGCAGCAACAGCAGCGACGACGACAAUACCGCCGCCGCUGCCCCCGUCACAAUGAUCCACCCCAAGAACCCGCGAUCGUCGUUCGGCGCUGCCAAUGCACAGGGAAGUCUGCGCAGCCGCAUCGUCUCGGGCGGCGCACGACCCACGGUCAAGGCAGGAACCGCCAUGGGAGAGUCGUACGACCUGCUCGACCAGAACGACCUCGGCCCGCAUCCUCAGCAAAGCCCCCGAGCAAAGAGGUCCAGCUGGAUCCCCUGGAGUCCCAACCCCAACCACCCCACCUCCUAG